AUGAAUAAUCAUUACAAUGUUCUGACCCAGUUCCAGAACCCCGUUCCUUACCGAGCCCCGGUCAUUGCUCAUUCCCGGAAUGCAGAACGACCAUUAAAUUUGAACCAACUCCCGCAACUAGACCCGUUGAGUCUGUAUCAACUCUACAUAAAUCAACUGAACCAAUUGAAUGCGUUGCAAAAUAACAAUCUGAAUAGCAACGUGGUGGAUGGUAAUAAUAAUAAUGGAGAGGAAAAAAAGGAAAAGGAAGAAGAGGAAAAGGUGAAGGAAGUCAAGGAAGAAGGGUGAGUGAAGUAACUUUAAAAUGUGAUGAAACCUGAACGGAAUUACAUAUAACAGAAGGUCCUAGGUGUACCUGUUAAAUAAUUCCUUUAAAUUUUGGAAACAUUUUGGCCAUGUGGCCAACAUGAAUUCUUGAGAGUAUUAGCUUGCUUUUUGAAGGCGCAGCCGACAUAUUUACUAAUCUUUACGGCCUAGAGAGUACGCGGAACGCGGAGUGCGGUCAGAGAAACAUAACCCUUUGAUUAAAAAUCUUUUUGCCAGUUUUGCAAGGAAAAAAUAUUUUUUAUAUCAAAAUUACCCUCCAAGACAGAAACAGGCAUGAAUAUUUUUCAUGCAAAAAUUCGCAGAAAAGUGUCAACUUUUUUAGGGCACGAAUAUGCCAUAAAAAAUUGGUCUUAAUUUUGUAGAGACAUCUUGUAGGGCAUAUCAAAGGUAGUCGAUAAAUGAAUAAGAAAAUAGUUUGAGGAUAUUUUGUUCUAAAAGGACUACAAGCACUGGAUUUGUUUGUUUACUUGUACUAAUCUUAAGCUACCUAACAUACAUAUGUAUUAGUCGUUUUUAAUGAGGCUAGACUAUGACCUUCUCACGUCAUCAUUUUCAAUGAAUAAAAUCCAUUUUUCAGCGUCUCCAACUCAUCUCCUCAGCCUUCGAAAUCAGCCUUAUCGUCCGAGCAACCGUGGUAUCAGGCGUACAAAACCGAGACUUUUGACCCCAAUAACAAUAGUAAUAAUAAUAAUAAAAUAAAAGAUGGAUCUCAAACCCAAACCUCCGAAAGUCCCCAGAAUCCGAAAACAAAGCCAGUGGAUCCAUUGCUCUGUGUAAUUUGUGGCGACAAAGCAAGUGGAUUGCAUUAUGGAGUCUAUUCUUGUGAGGGGUGAGUUGCUUUGAUCGUGGUUGUAAAAUACGUGAACCUCAGUUACCAUCAUAAAAGUCAGCUCUGUUAAGAAAUUUUUUUGAGCUAAAAUUGUAAAAAGAUAACAUACGUAUUAAGUUUAUGUCAUUCACAGAGUUUUUUGUAGUUCAUUUGCACCUAGUUGGACAAAUUUAAUUUUGCAUGUGGAAUCUCUCGAACAGCAUGGGGAAUUGUCAUUCUCCACACAAUAAAAUUUGAGUUUUAUUUAAUGAAGCUCAAAAAUAUCAAGGCUGGAAUUUUUCAUUCAUAAACUUUCAAAAAAUCUCGAGAUUUUACCAAUUUUCAAAUUAAAAAUCUCACUUGUCUCUGCAGAGCAUAAGCUGAAAAUCGCACAUAUUUUACAUUGCUCUUGUUGGAGAAAAAUUCAUUUUGAGUUUCAUGAAGCCUUUUAUCGUAUCUUGGUCACACUUAUUACUAUUUAUUCGUCAUCAUGUUCAAUAUUUUCCAUUUCCGCUUCUCCUGAUCUGUCUCCAUCAAAUGUUUCCCAUCCAGUCACCAAAAUUUGCCCAUUCGUUAUAACCAGGUGCUUCUGUCCAUCUUCCCGUCCCCAAAAUGAAACCCUACCCCUGUUCCUUUUGUCCUUCCUAAUUAUAUCCAGAUUUCCGGCCGCGACCAAAAAUUGAAAUGUGUUCUCGAUUGGCCUCUUGAUUGGGCCGAGGCGAGAGCGUGCCACGGAGCCACUGGUACCCCGGAAUACCAAUCUCACUCGGCUUUUCGAGCGGGGUUACCCCGCUUGGGCUGCGAAAUGGCGAGAAAUUCGAUGGGAGGGAGGCGAGGGAGGGUAAAGGUGGGAAUAAAGGGGGAUUUGAGCGGGCGAAUGGGGUAAAUUAUAUUUUGAUUUUGAUAAUAAACAUAGGAAGAAGGCUUGAAAAAAAUAAUUUUUAGUGUGGCUAAAAGUCCUUUCUUUAAAAUAGGCAUGUCCAUUCAAUAAUAUGUACAGAAUAGAGCAAAAUGUGAAUUUCAUGGGAUAAAACCACUUUUUUGAUGAUUCUCCGUGGCAAAUAGCAGAAAAUUGUAAAUCUUCUUCCUUUCCAGCAAAAAUGACUAUUUUUUUUGGCUGUUAUGUAAAAUUACAGUAUCCACAGACAAUUUUGAAGCCAAUGGUUAACCUUGGAAGGCGAUCUUUGUCGUAUUUUCCCCCAUUUUUAGCUCAAUUUGCCUAAAUUUAAAAUUUUUAAAAAUAUUUUUUUCGCUCCACAAAUUUCACAGUACUCUCCAAAAAUACUGUACCUUCCCCGGUCACUCUCGCCGACAAGCACUUGCUCAUAAAUUUGGCUGCGUUGCCGUUGAAUUUCGCAUAAAUUUUCGGCGCGAGCAGCUGCGCCAACGCUCUUGUUUUUAUAUAUUUUAUUUUUGUGCGUUCCCGCGAGACUUUUCCUGCCGGCCGGCACCGCUUUCUGCACCCGAUUGUACCACUUUACAAUUUUUCAUUCGUCGUUUUUCUCGUCGCUUUUGCACUCUUUCUUUUUUUUUUUGUUUUCGCGAGACUGGGAAGGACGAGGAAAGAGUGCGGAUGCACUCGUUGAUGAGGUCAUUCUGGAGGGGGCGAUGGUAAUUAGAUUGCGCAAUUUUUGCACUUCUUUUGUUGCGGUAAAUUAUUGGGUUUUGGGCUUGGUUUCGGUGUGGAAAUUUUAUGUUAUUUAUGAGAGAUUUGUUGAAAAAAAUAGUUAUUUUAAUUUAAAAUUAUAAAUAAUUUUUUUCAACGUAUUUAUGGAAACGUAUUUUAAAAUUUGUAGUACAUUUAUUAAAAUUCUUAGAAUUAAUUUUUUAGUUAUAUAAGUAUAAUAAUCGCUCGUAUUUUACAACCUUGUGUUUUACAAACUUGUGACUUUCUUCAUCUUGGGCAUAAAACAGAAUGCCAAAAUAGCGGAAAUUUUAACUUUUGAAAUUUCUCUCAAAAAAGCGGCUUUAAAAUUUAUCGUAUAGUAAAACAAGAUAUAUAAGUAACGAACGUUUAGUUUUUUCUUUUUUAUCAUCCUUACUCCCACUCUUGCCUCUAAGCCCUAAGGCCCCUCAUUUCGUCUCCACUUGACUAUCCUUCUAAUCCGAACCAAUUAUUUUUUCGAAAUCCUAAUAUUUACAUGUCGGAUUACUGCAUUCUGUUUCUCAAGUGGUUUCUCUUCCUUUCUGUUAUAUAAUUGUUUUUUUCGAAGAUUUGUAAUCCCUUAGGCACUGUUAAGAGAAAUGCUCCGAGAUUCGGCCCAAGAGAUCCAUUUUAAAUUUCAUUUUAAUUUCUGGGCGCUCUCGGGGUCUUCUUGCGGCUCAUAUUUUAAUAUUGGACUUUUUUUUUAUCUGCCUCGGUAUUUUUAAAUGGAAGAAUAUUGUUUUAAGAUAUUAAUUUAGUCAUCUCUGGUGGAAAAGAAGCCAUAAAUUUGAGAUGUUCAGACGGAUUGACCUCAAAUUUUGUUCUCUUUCUCUACAUUAACUGCAUUUUAAAUACGUAAAAUUUUGAGCCAAUGUCUCUGCGUUCUGCCGAGUUGCGGAGAAUUUUUUAUAUUAUCCUUCUCAUUCAAUCCCAAGAUAUUUUCAAGCCCUUUUUAUUACUUCUUUAUCAUCUCUGUAUUGCACAAUGACCUUAGAUGAAAGCCGCUUGAACUCUUUGUCUGUCGCGACCUUGUUUGGAGAUUUUACUUCACAUCUGCCCGCUGUAUUCUGCAUGCCACCGGUGGUGAUAUAUUAGCUUUUGACGGCGCUAAAUUUACUUCCGGUUGACGUGUUGAUAAUGGAUAAGUCUUAAAUGGAUUGGGUAGAUUAAGAGGGUCGUAAAGACAAAAAAAAUUGGAUUAAGCAUUGAUGACUUUGUGGAAUUCUGGAAAAUCAGUCAUUAUGACACAUUUUUCAGGAAAUUUUAUGGCCAUAUGGCCCAGCAAAUCUAAUAAUUAUUACAGAUUGUGUCAAGCCAAAAAAGUGCUUUUUGAAUGCUUAAAAAUUUACUGCAAAUUCUGCAUAACGCGGUUUGGCAUCUUUAAAACUCUUUUGUUUCUGCAUAAUGCGGUUUCAAAUUCACUAAUAUUCUCUAAGAAAUCUUAAUUUUUACUAGAGCCAAAUAUCGUCAAAACAGAUGACUUUAUUCCCGGGUACCCCGUAUUAAAUUUCCGCAAUUUCUUUUUUAAAUUUUGACUCCGCUUACUCUCCCAUACCCCCCAUAUGGUCCACUGCCGGCUUUUAUUAAUAUUUUUCUCGGUUAUUUGCACUUAUUUCUUCCGCAAAAACUGAGAUCCCGCUCUGAUUGCCCACUGACCGACUUUUUUUUUAUUCUUCCGACCAGCCGGUUGCGCGUCCUGCCACCGCCCCCCCCCCCCUUCCCUCGCCCUUUAAAGCGCUCCUUUUAUGUAUUUUUACCUUGUACCGGGACCCGCAUAAAAAAUAUUUCCAAAUUUUUCGCAUUUUUUUGUAUUUUCGCACCCUUCCUUUAACCCUUCGUCGUCUUGAAGAAGGCAAAAAUGGAACGGUCAUUUUCGUAAAAUUUUAAUUUCGAUAUCAAAAAUAGGCAUUUUGCAAUAAACGCUGGAAGUGAUCACGUAUUUUAAAGAUUUCUUAGUUGUGUAUUUUUGGCAAAAGAUGAAAAUUGGAGCUGAUAAAUUUUAGUCAUCCUAUUUUUUUAAUUCUUCAUCCAUAAAAUCGCUAUAAUUGGUCAUAACGACCCGUUUAUUUCCUCAGUGAUUUCUGUGGGCCAUCAGUAAUAACUAUCAUGAUCUGAGCCACUAUCGAUAUCUAAUAUUGAUUUAUCAUCAUUUUCUUGGCCAAACAAAUGCUAAAAACCAUUUCUCUAAAAUUGAGGUCCUUUCUGUUUUUUGAAAAUUGUCUAGCUCUUGAUUUAUUGGGUAAUUUGAAAGGCACAUAGUUUUUUUGCAAAGAUUUUAUAGAGCUUACGAUUUUAAAAUCAUCAUUUUUUUGCGAUUUUUGAAGAAUUUUGAGUGUUUUUUUUUUGAUCAUUUAAACUAAUAAUCAAAAAAGGCUAAUAGUGAUUUAGGCAGCCUAAAAUUUGCUUCGGUACCCACUUAUGCCCCACCGUAGAGUCCAAAACCCUUCUCUUUACCUGCCUUCUCUCCCAUAAUGUUUCUGAUUUACCCCCUUCCUUCUUGAUAUCCUCACCUAUUACCCCAUAAUUUCAAAAAUUUCGCCAUCCCCUCUUCCUCACUGCCUCCGGGUUGCACGCCGAUUUGAGGGCGAUCUCCUUGUCUUUGGGGGUCACUGUGACACGGCCAUCGUCGGCUACAAGGUCACUGGGUUAUGGCGGAGGGUAAGGUCAACGAAGAGCCGACUGGCACCGUAUCUGUCGGUGGGUCGUUUAAACCGCCGAAAAGUGGACGGCGGGAGAAGGAAGACGGGGCGGCGAGGGGAGGUGCGCGGACAUCUGAAUCCUCUUUUUUCUCUUUUUGAGGCUAGACAGACGACUGACCGAGGGCUACAACGUCGAGGUUGAUGGUUGAAGGGAGGGUGGAGGGAGGUGGGAAAGAAGUUUUUAGGGAAUGUUAGAUGGGGCAAGGGGAGAUUUUGGGAGAAAAACUGUUCUGUGACAUGUAGUUGACUCUCUUUUCAAAUUUUCAUCAAAAAACUGCAACUUUAAGGUUCAAGUAAGGUCAAAAAUGGCAAAAGACCAAGUUUAAGUCUUCUUUACAAACAUUACAAGUUAUAUCUUUGUGUUGAGCGCCUCUAGAAACGUUAAUCUUAUAAUUUCAGCAAUUUUUCGGCGGUUUUGGACGUUUUCGCCUAAAUUUUUCAUGUUUUGGACUAAUGUAAGAUGCAUAAUGAUGAAAUAUAUGUCUUAAAAAUAUUUUAUGUUUGAUUAUUAGUGUUAAAUUUUAUUUUGAUUAAUACCUUUUUUAAUUUGAUCGAAAAUUUUAUUCUACUUUUUAAAAAAAUAGCCAAGUUUUUUCAAAAUGGUAAAAUUCUUACAAUUAGGCUGAUUAUUUUAUAAAUCAUAUAGCUUCAGUAUUGUUAAUCCCCAACGUAUUCUGCAAAUCCUUUUUUUCAUCCUUUUCACCCCAUUUUUUCUUGAAAAUCGCUUGUAAAUGUUGCCAUUGUCAUCCAGCCCGCUAAACCACCCCCCUUUUUGAUGACCCUGACGCGCAAAAAUUUUUUUGAAUUGUUCUUUUUUGAAAUAAAAAAUGUUUGCCCCCUCCGUUUUCGCAAAAUCGCCAUUGACCUACAAACCCAGUGAACAGGAUGGAUUCGGAUGAAUAAAAAAAAAAGGUAGACGCUGGUAUGGGGGUCACGGUGAGGGAAACGAGGGUACCCCCAUUUGAGAAAAGGGGUUUAGGGGUCUUGAGGGGUGGAGUCAAGAAUCCGAUACUGCACAUGACACUUGUAGAUACCAGAAUUGAAAUUCGAAAUACUACUAUGACUAAAUACUAAUAUGCUAUUUUGAAACGUCAGUGGUCCUGACUAGUAUUGUAAGCCCAUACCAACCACUUUUCAAAUUUAUUUUGUCACUUUAUAUUGUUUCACCAUCAACUUUUUCUUCAAAAAAAUUCAAAAUCAUCAAAAAUUUCCAUAUUGUUUUUGUCAUCUUUUUGUUAUCCAAGGCCAUCAACGAUAAAUUAUUAAUAAUUUACAUACCUUCCGGUCUGUAAAUUUUGUCGCUUGGGGUGAUAUAUCGUGACACUUUUAUACUAUCUUUUAUUUUUGUCGUUUCGGUUAUUUUUUGUAUUUAUUCGUGAUGUUAUUAGAAAGUCAGGACAGAACGUAUUUUACCAAAUUUUUAUUGGUAUUAAAGUAUAAUUAAAGCAGUAAUUUUUAAGUUCUUUAACUUACUUCGUACUAAAAAUAGAUGGGUAACGAUCGGAUAGGCUAUAUUUCCGUUAUUGCAACAUACUGUUGUAAAAAAAAGUAAACUGAUUUGCUGGGUUUACUGUAACGAUAGAAUACUUCAUAGUGUCUGUAUUUUCAAUUAUUUCCCAAUUUGUUUAAUAUUCUAAAACUUCCGGCAGAAAAUCGAGAUUUUUUCAAUUUUUUGGUCAGUAUUUUACUCUUGAAAAUAUGAUUUUUUUCACUUACUAUGGCACAUCAGUGUUCCAUGGUUGUUAUGCCAAAAUGUCGCAUAUGCAAUGAAUUUUCGAACCCUUGUAAACAUUCUUACGUAUCUUUCAAAUUUCAGCUGCAAGGGCUUCUUCAAGCGGACGGUGCAGAACAAACGGGUCUACGUUUGUGUGAGUGGAUCGGCCCUCGGCUGUCCCAUGACCAAGGAGCAACGCAACCGCUGCCAAUACUGCCGCUUCCAGAAGUGUCUGCAGCAGGGAAUGGUGUUGGAGGCCGUCCGCGAAGACCGCAUGCCCGGAGGGCGGAAUGGCUCCGCAAUCUACAAUCUGUACAAGGUGACUUGUUAAUCGCUCGCUUAUUUGUAUUCUAAUCUCAUGCGCUUGCAGCUGAAAUACCGAAAAACCCGGAAAUGCAGCGAGGCCACGUCGUCCGAGGAUUCGGAAGCCCUCAAAAGCCCAACAGCCUGCAGUAGUGGGCAGGAGGAGUGUUCGAGCAGCAGUAGAUGGGGAAGGAAGCGCAAGUUUGAGAGUGUGAACGAUGAGGAGACCCUAAAGCAGUUUAGGGAUCCACCGACUAACAAAAAUUUGAUACAGGUAAAUUUUGGAAAAAAAUUAUUAGUUUCUCGGGAAAUCGUAUUUUACUUUCGAAGUUUAUUGGAAAUUUUGUUGAAAUUGUGUUAUUAGGCGUCCUAGGAUACUCAUAUAUAUUACAGUGGCGGACCUUAUCCGUUGGCCAAAAGCGUACCAUUUUGCAUCCGGGAAGUAUCAAAAAAUGCACCAAAAUACCUCCCUUUCCAAGUGAAAAAACUUCGAUUUGAAAAACGCGCCCACUCUUUUUAUGAGAGAAAGGGCGCGGAGUUCAAAACAGAGUUUUUUUAGUUGCAGAGGGAGGCAUUUUGCCACAUUUUUGAUACUCCCCCGACGCAAAAUGGUACGUUUUUGGCCACUAAAACAGGCCCCUCACUUUAUCUUGUUUUGCACUGUGAAAUGCCAAAAUUUCAAUUUUUUUGAUUUUUUUGAUGACUCAAAAUUAUUUUCCUCGUAUUUUAGGAGCUAAUCGAGCUGGACCGACUCGAUCAACUCAUCAAUCUGAAAGGUCUUCGUAUUUGGUCGGAGGAACAACAAAAUCAAACCGAGAAUUCCUCACCAACCGAACGGCUCUCUCGAAUUGGUGAUGAAAUUGUCGAAAAACUUGUUGAAUGGACCAAAAUGUUGCCUUUUUAUAACACCCUCCCAGUCGAAGUCCAUACGCAUUUGCUGACGCAACGAUGGGCCGAGUUGGUCCUGUUGAGCGCCUGUUUCUACGCGUAUGAGACUCAGAGCGAGGGAAAUGAAUGUGGCUUAUCAUUUGUGAAUUCUCAGAGGAAUCUGGAGCUUCUACAACAACGGCUGAGUGCGGUGAUGACUAAAGAUAUUCCGUUUGAACAUGUUAGAAAGUAAGUUGAAAAUCGGAAAAAUUGGAGAUCUUUGUGGACAAAUUUUUGUGAAGAUCCAAAAAUUUGUUAUAACUUGGAAGUUUCUGCACAACCCGAUUUAAAUUUUUAUGCUCACUUUUGGUAGAAUUUGCCCAAGCUUUAUGAAAAAUUUGAAAAUUCGAAAAAUCAAAUCUUUGUAGAAAACGACGUAUUUUAUCAUUUCAGAGAAGCAGGACCACUUGUUGAGAAGUUCACAGCCCUUUUGAACGCCUUCAGCAAGCUAAAAAUCACUUUGGAAGCCUACGUUUGUCUGAAAGCAAUCACUUUGUUACACUACGCUACGCCAACAAACGAUAACGAGGAGGAUUCGAAGAGCCUAGAUUAUCACACUUUGUAUUUCCGGAAGGUCUCCUCGAUUCAAGACCAAUUUGUGAAAGCGUUGCAAAUUCACUUGAGUCAGUGCGAGAAUGGACCCAGACUCAGCGAGAUUUUGACUUGGUAAGUGAAAAUUUAAAACCACUUUUUCAACAUUAUUUUUGUAAUAUUAGGCACAAUAUUCGUACUUACUAAUUUCUAAAAUUUUUCCAGGCUCCCAAUGCUCCACUCCGCCUCCUCCGUCCUCCUCCACUCCAAAAUGUUUUACGUUCCAUUUUUGAUCUGCAAAAAUCCCGAACCCCUCCGGGAAUCCGAUUUCCCAGCCUUAAGGCCGAUGACGUCAUCCACUUCCCAGGAGCCAAAUGACACCGAAAUCGAAGCCGAUGAGACCGAUGGAUCUUCCGACGAGCAUUCCGAGAUCUUAGAAUAA